CACAGGCAGCGGGAGAGGCGGUGUGUGCGCGUACGGGAAUCACGUGACGUGAGUCGCAACAAGUGGUAUCAGCUGAUCACGACACUUCCGUGCCGGGGGACAGUUCAUACAUUUCUGGUGCAAUUUUAAAACUUUAUUGUGUGUCAUUUGAAAGUUUCGUUAUAGCAUAUUGGUGGAAAAGUCUUCAUAUGAGGUGUUAGAAAUGUUAAACAGGACUGUGAAACUUUAGUGGAGAUCUUGCUGAAGACUUAGUGACAUCGGUGGAAGCAGUGAGAGGAGCGCGAGGUUGGAAGCUCCAUGCAUCUGCCAGGGAUCAUGACCUCAGACCCAUCGGGCGGCCACGGCUACGGGGGGACGGGAGCGGGCAAGAAGCCACGGGGGCGGAGGUCGGCCGACGCGGGGGAGGCGUGUGCGGGUGACCACGACCUGUGGUGGACGGAGCGCGCCUGGUGCGAGAUCCAGGCGGAACACCCGGGGGAGUUGGUGAGGACGGGGAGUCCGUACUUCAUGUGCUCUGCACUGCCUUCGCACUGGAGGUCCAACAAGACGCUUCCGGUCGCCUUCAAGGUGGUGGCGCUGGGGGAUGUCAUGGACGGGACUUUGGUCACCGUGCGUGCAGGGAACGACGAGAACUUCUGCGCCGAGUUGAGGAACUGUACUGCAGUCAUGAAGGGACAAGUUGCCAAGUUUAACGACCUAAGGUUCGUCGGGAGGAGUGGACGAGGAAAGAGCUUCAGUAUAACAAUCACCGUGUCCUCGAACCCGCCCCAAAUCGCCACCUACACCAAAGCCAUCAAGGUGACCGUGGACGGCCCCCGGGAACCCAGGUCCAAGACCAGUUUGGGCCAGAGACCGUACCUGGAGACGUCGCCGUUCGGCAGCCACCUGCGAGAACUCAGCGAUUACCGGCAACGGGUCAAGAGUGAGGGCCUCAACAACAACAAUCACAGCAACAACAACAAUAACAACAACGCGGGGUUCAAGCUGGGUGCCGGCCAGACAACGCCGCUACCAUCAGAAAGUAGCGCAGGAAUGGAAUGGCCCUCUAGCUACAACACCGGAUAUUCUCCUGGCUCUGGAUACCCUGCCACCGGCUACUCCUCCGAGCUCACACCCAUCGAGCCAUCCAUGUCUUCUCACUUACCAACAGUUCUGCCAGACACUCCAGUCAGCUCACACGUGGAUUAUUCCAUGUUCAACCUGAAGAGUUCCAGCCCAGAUACACUGGAAUGUGGGGGCGGCGGAGGCGGCGGGGGCGGCACAGUGACCGCGCUACAACCCGCCACCCACCGGUACGACUCCGGGUAUUCGGGGGCCGGGGGCUACUGGGGGGGCUCCUGCACCGCCCCCGCGCCCCAGAACUACAAUUACUACAACAGCGCGUCCCCCGCACCGGCCACCCAGGGAUACCACCCGCCCCCACCGCCGCCCCCCGUCAUGUUCUACCACCCUUCACUGUACUCCACCGUCAACCAGAACCAGAUACACCUACACCUCCAUCACAACGAGAGCGCGGCGGCGCGGUCCGAAUACAACGAAGACCUCUCCACACUCGUCGGUAACAACCUGACCAUCAGCAGUGGCGGCUCUAGGGCCAUCGAGAUCGGCAUCCUUCAGCACAACCAGCUGCCCAGCGAAGACGUCAACCGGCAACAAAACGACCCUUCCGUGUGGAGGCCCUAUUAAACCACAGCAGAGGACAGUUCAACACGAGAACUUGAUGUUGUUAGUUAUAGCACAAAAUUCAAGAGUUUUCGAGAUCGAUACGGUUUAGCAAAUUCAGCACUCCAGUGCGGGUAUCUUUAUGACAUCCCAGACCUGGACGAUUCUUGACUCAAAACUACAUUCCAUUGAUCAGCUCAACUAAUUGUCCAAUGAAAAUUCUAAGAACGUAAAAAGCAUUCGAUGAAAGAGACUCCGAGAUUCGAAGAGAUAGAAAGGCUCAACUACUCUCUACCAAAAGACAGCAGAAGUCUGUAGAAAGCAAAGUCGACUUGAUUUUUCACAUAUCAAUUAACUUUAUUUAAAGAGUGGAUGUUAUUUUAGUGUACGACUAAAGUUACCACCGAAAUGUUUUUCCGAACUUCCCACCUUGUACGGACAAUUAGAAAUUCCCUCCAAGGGAAUCUUCGUAGACUUGUAGUAAUAUUUGUUUAAUUUUAAACACGUUGUCUUGUAAAUACUGUAAUAAUACGUCAUCCUAUGUACGUUCGACUAUUUUACGAUUUGUGAUAUAUGUAAUUUAAUGCGUUGAAGAUUUCGAUGUAAAAUAUAGAAUAAUCUGUGUGAGCGUUUCAAAUGUGAUGUCAACUUCAAUCUUGUUAAUUUAAAAUAUUUCUAUACAUAUUAGAGUAGAUAAGUGCUAAGCCAGGAAAAUUUAAUUUAAACUUAAGUUUCCCGUUGUCAGAACGAUUAAAUGAACACAAUGCCGCACAAGCCUGGACAUAUCAUAGUAUUUGCCUAUUACUAUUGACUUAUCCAUAAUUUGAAAUUGUCAUGUCAUAGGUAAUGAAUAAAAAUUUCUCUUGGUGAGUGGUUGAAAAACACAUUUUAAAAUUUGUUUGGAGCUGAUGAAACAGACAGUUGGAAUUUAAACUUUUCUGUAGUAAUAACAAACUAAAGAUUUUUAGCUUUUACUCAUAACUCGUAUAUACGAUUUGGAGUGAUUUUAAACUUGCAUCUUAAAUAUAACCAGGGCGGUAGUACUGGUUUUUCUCGGAUAUUUUUUCCGUGGCCCGGAUUUACAGGGGGCCCGGGCCGAACCUCAUUUCACCAACCCUCUACAUGCCAAUUAGGUGGCUCUGCUUCUACGAGCGGGACCACUCAAUCUAUUGAGAGAGAUAUAUAAUUAACCCUACAUUUUUAACACAUAAAAUUGCUCGACUGUUUAAUUGUGAUAUUCAAUUGCUUUAAAGCCUUAAAAAGUAUCAUGGGCGUCAUUUCAGCUUUUUAACUGGGGUGGCAAGAUCUACUGGGGGGUAUGGAAUACCCCCCAGGUGGAG